GUCCUUUCCUAGUCUCUUAUCCUAGUCUCCUAUCCUACUCUCCUAUACUAGUCUCGUAUCCUAUUCCUACCCUAGUCUCUUAUCCUAGUCUCCUAUCCUAGUUCUGUCAAUAGCAUCAACAUAAUCAAACUUAUCAACGUGCUCAGAUUGAUGCUUGAGAAAAGUUUGAGAAUCUCAGCAAAAUGACUAGCAAAAUAGGACAAUAAUAAUUUUAUAAACUAGUUUUUAUAGCAUAGUCAAUUUACUGACAUAAAACUUGUUUCAUUUUUGUUCUUCCUUGUCAAAUCCUAUCGAAAAUAGAGAAAUAAAAAUGAAAUUUUAAAGAUUUCUUAGUUCUGUCUCGAAUUUUCUAGUGUUAAGAUUAAAAGAAUUCAAAAACUUACUGAUCUGGAAUUGCUUUGAAAACAAUGAGAUUUUACCAGAUUUUAUUAAUAUUUCACGUGAUUAAAGUCACAUUUGAAGCUCUCCCGCCAUCAAUAACAAGCUGCAGACGAAAUAAUCCGAACAUAAGUCAAUGUAUAGUGAAUGUAAUGGAGAAGAUGCAACCAGCAUUAGCAACUGGUGAUUUGGGAGGUGGAUACACUGUUCCGAAGCUAGAGCCGUUGUUUAUAAAGUACAUGGACUUUGGUGAGAGUGGAGGUGUAAGAAUUCAAUUACAUGACGCUAAUAUUUAUGGAUGUUCAAAAUUCAAACUUGAUAAGCUUCGUGUCAACAUGAAAGACCUGAAAUUCGAUGCACUCGUCAGUCUGCCACCAUUCCAAGUCAUUUCAAAAUAUCAAAUGGAAUUCAACUUUUUUGGAACUCGCUUAAAAAGCACCGGAGAUUAUUUUGCCGAACACGCGGGUGCUAAAAUCAUCAUGCCAAUCCGAGGACAUAGAACAGUCAAAAAUGGAGUUGAAGUUGUAAAAUUCGAUAAAAUUGCACUAAAAUUCGAUCGAGGCAAAAUUACUCAGCUUAAAAUUUCAAAUCUUUUUGGAGGAAAUAAGUCAAUCGAAGAAAUUAUUAACGCACUCGUUUUAAACAACCAAGAUUUUGCAUUACAAAACGUUAAUCCACAGAUGGAAAUAAGAUUGUCUGAAAUUUUCACAGAAAUUGCUAAUAAAGUUGUCGCAAAUGCCUCUUUUGAUGACAUUUUUCCAUUGUAGAUCAAUCCUGGCUAAUUUUAAGGAGUUGUUUUGAAGGAAUAUCUUCUGUGAAACCUGCAAUUAAAGUGAUAAAGCGUGCGAAAAUGUUCAAAAACUUCAAAUUUUGUUGGACAUCAUUUGUUAAUAAAUCCUUUACAAAAAUAAAGAAU